AUGACUGCCUCAAAGAAGACUGUUGUUCUCAUCACCAGUGCCAAUCGAGGCAUUGGGUUUCAACUCGCCAAAAAGUUUCUAUCCAGAGAUAACACAAUUCUUAUUGCUGCCGUGCGGAAUCCCGACAACGCUCCGUCCACCGAGGCUCUGUUGGAGCUCUCCCAUGGAACCGAGAGCUCGCUCAUCAUCACCAAGAUUGACAGUCUGGACACCUCCAGCGCUGCCUUCGGCCUCGCAAGCAUCUCCGAUAGAAUCAACCAUCUCGAUCUCGUCAUUGCCAAUGCUGGAAUUCUUGACGCGUACGGCCCCGUCAUGGAGAUGGCUCUGGAUGAGGUUUCCGCCCACGUUGCAGUCAACACCCUCGCUCCCAUUGCUCUUCUUCAAGCCGCCAAAUCGCUCCUUCAGAAUGCAGCCAACCCCAGAUUUGUCGUCAUCUCGAGUUCGGUGGGAAGCAUCGCCGAAAUAGAAGGAUACCCCGUACAAUUGGGAGCAUACGGAGCCAGUAAAGCUGCCAUCAACUAUCUGAUGCGCAAAGUCCAUUUUGAGGAGAAGUGGCUUACGUCCAUGGUUAUCUGCCCUGGUUGGACUCAGACGGAUAUGGGCAACAUUGGAGCACAGAAGCUGAGCUUCGGAGAGACGGCACCUGUGCCAUUGGACAUUUCCAUCGAAGGUGUCUUUCAGGAGAUUGAUGAGAUGAAAAGGACUGAGGGAGGAAAGUUUGCCGCGUUCGAUCACAUAGACCGCAAGUGGUAA